UGCCUUUGGAAAGGCUGCCGCAGGAGGAGGAUGAGAGGAGGACAAAGAUUGCACCUGAGCGGAAACAAACGCUGCUAGAAGACGGCUGGCUAUCUCCCACUAACCUGUUUACCCUCUGCUAAACCUAUCAACCCAAUGAAAACCCGCAGCUCACAAGCCCUCCUUCGCCGAACACUUUUUUCCUAGCCAGCUAUGUUUGGUAGAGAAAAUGACGGAUCCAGCGGUGACUGUGUGGUAGCAGCGACAAUGCUCGGGCCUGUCAUCACCGGCUUGUUCACAUUUUGUCCGUCGCAUCAAUGACCAUGGAUGUCAGAGCAGUGCUGGAGUUUGCCACAGUUACCAGGGCUCUGUCGCUGUUCCUGCAGGCUGUCUUGAAUGCUGCCAUCCCUGACCACGAUGCUGAUGCGUUCAGGCCACCCCGGACAGAGGAGCCUCUGUACUUGGACUCUGCAGUGGAGUGGUUGUUCGGUGGCCUCUCCCACUGGGAUGCCGAGCAUUUCCUCUUUAUCGCUGAGAGAGGAUACCUGUACGAGCACAAUUUUGCUUUCUUCCCCCUCUUCCCUGUGGUCCUCCGAGGCCUGGCAGAGACGCUGCUGUGGCCCCUGAGCAGCUGGCUGAGCGUGAGGGGGCGUUUGCUGGUAGCUGUGGCUCUGGGGAACAGUGCCCUCUUCCUGCUGAGUGUGGUCGCUUUGCAUGCGCUCAGCAGAAUAGUGCUUCAGGACAGACGUCUCGCUCUGCUCUCCAGCCUGCUCUACUGCAUCACACCUGCCAAUGUUUUCAUGACCGCUGGAUACUCCGAGAGCCUGUUUGCUGCGCUCACAUUUGGUGGUCUGUUCCUCCUGGAGAAAGGAUUCACGCUCCGGGCCUGCCUGGCCCUCAGUAUAGCCACUGCAGCACGAUCCAAUGGACUUGUUAACAUUGGGUUCCUGCUGUAUCUUCCAUCACUGCACGCUAUCUCUCAAAUACGGGUUUAUCGAACGACCACAAAAGGCCACUUUAAAGUCUUCCACUAUGUUUGGGUCAUCAUCCGCCUCCUGCUCACUUCCCUCCUGGGAACUGCAAUCAUUGCCCUUCCCUUCUGUGCUUUCCAGUACUAUGGUUACAGGACGUUCUGCACGCCGUCCGUCUCCUUGGAACGGAUCCCCCCUGCUCUUUUGUCGCUGGCUGAGCGGAAGGGCUACCGGGUUCCAGAUGAAAAUGGUCCACCGCCGCUCUGGUGCAUGAGACCCCUCCCCUUGCUUUACUCUCAUAUCCAGGAUGUGUAUUGGGAUGUGGGAUUCCUCCGCUACUUUGAGCUGAAGCAGAUACCGAACUUUAUUCUGGCUCUACCUAUGGCUACACUCGGGAUAAUGGCAGCUUAUGCAUAUUUUCAAGCUAACCCAGAACUGUGUCUGAGACUUGGACUUUGGGAGACAGGUGCAAAUAAAGGGCUGGACAAACCCAUACCAGGACUGUUCAACCCCAGAGUGUUUGUGUAUGUUGUACAUUCAACAGUACUUCUGGUGUUUGGGACAUUAUGCAUGCACGUGCAGGUUCUGACCAGAUUCAUGGCUUCCUCGUCUCCUGUGCCCUUCUGGAUAAGUGCUCAUCUGCUCCUCCUCAAUGAACCACUUCUCCAUCGAAGGACAACAUCAAACCCGAGCAUACAGCUACAGACACAUUCCAGAAAUGGAUGCAAGCACACACCUCAAAAUCCCAUCAUUGCUCUGCUGCCGUACUUUACAACCUGUUCUCCUACCACACAGAGCAUCUUGGGAUACUUCCUCUCUUACUGGGUGCUGGGCCUCGCACUGCAUUGUAACUCUUUGCCAUGGACAUGACUUAAAACGUUACUCUGAGCUUUAAAUGCAAUAUUUCUAUGUAGGACGGGGCUAUAUACCGUAUUUUAAAUGAUAUGAAUCCGCACAUAGGUGUUUUUACAGUUCAUCAAUAGUCAAUUUUCAUUAUUCCAGUAAUUGUUAAAUUGUAAACUUGAAUGCAACAUUUUGUCCACGUCACAUUUAUUAAAAAAAAAAGAUAAUAUGAUUAUGUCGCCCAGUCUUACAUAGAAAUUAUUGACAUGAUUACAUUUUUGAUGCCAAUUUAUUCAUGCAAUAGUCAGCAAAUUUGAUUUGUACAUCUCCUUUAAAUGUGUUUGCAGCCAUUUUAGAACAACCUCAUAUGUAGAAUAUACCUGAAACUUUAUUCAACACUGUUUAGUUGUAAAUCUUGGGAAAGACUAUGGUGGUACUUGAAAAACUAUAUUUUUAUUUCUUGCCGAAGCAUUACAUUUUAUUUACUCUGUUUAAUAUUGCGCUGCAUGUUUGGAAGACUUCAAGUCAUAGUUUGAAUGAAAAAAAUAAAGAUUUUGUUGCUGUAAAAGGACCCUCAAUUUAGUUUUCUUGAGGCAUUAAUGUAAAA